AUGCAAGUUUAUUCGGAGAAGGUAAAUCAUGCUGUUCUGCCUGGUGAUGUAAUUGGUUCACUCGAUGAAAAACUAGCAUCAACUCUUCAACAAUCAUCAAUAGUAAAAAUCGGACAUGGUUUAUUACAAUUAGAAAGUAAUAUUAUUGCCACUAAAGCUGGUUUAUUAAGAUUUAUACCACCAAACAGAUACUUUGUAGAAAAUAAUCAACACCGUUAUGUACCUAUGGUUGGAGAUAUGGUAAUUGGUGUUGUUAAAGAUAAAGUACCUGUUGAACAAUAUAGCGUGGAUAUAUUUGCUCAUCAAGGAUUGGCAUUGUUGCCAUUCAUCGGAUUUGAUGGUGCUACAAGAAGAAAUAGACCAGACUUGGGACCAGGAUCACUCGUUUAUGGACGUGUCACACUGGCUAACAAGGAUUUAGAUUUAGAAAUUACUUGUGAAAGUUCUCCUGGAAUGAAAAAAAAGGAUUGGAGUACAGGAAAGUCAGUUUUUGGUGAACUCAAAGGAGGAUAUGUGACUGAAUGUUCUUUGGGAAUGGCAAGAAAAUUACUUGAUCCAAAUUGUUACUUACUCAAGUUGCUCAGUGAACAUGUUAGCUUUGAAAUCGCUAUAGGUCUGAAUGGAAGAGUAUGGAUAAACUCUGAAGCACCAAAUGAUAUUGUUCUAAUUUGUAAUGCUAUUCAAAAUUCGGAACAUUUAACACAAGAUCAAGUCCAACAAAUGUUAACAUUCCUCUUCAAAUCAAAGAAAAAGACAAAAUAGUUGAGAUUUUGAUGAAAAAAGUAACUUGGCGAGCAAAAAGAGGUGAAAAGUUUCCUUACAAUAGGAAUCGAAUCACCACACAAGAAUCCUCUAAUUUAUUAUUACUGAUUAUUGAUCGAAAUAAAAUCUAUUCCAAAAUUAAUUAAACAGAAACAAUUGUAAUAAGGGAAUAACUUGAAUUACAGUAAAAUCUGAGAAAAUAUCAAAAAUCUCUUGCCUGGAUGUAACUUUUAGCAGAUAUUUAGAUCUGAAGAGGAAUAUCGAAACAGCCAACACAGGUAUUAUGUACAAAUUGGAGAAACCAAUUAUUCUAUCCCAGAGCAGUAAUAAUUGAUCUACAGCAAGAAAUCCAGAAAAAGCGUGGAAAAUCCAAUUAAAUGCAAUGUCGAGAGGUUGAAUUUUUAAAUGGAGCAAGUGGUAGAAUAACUGUGGAUCUUUGUCUUGUAGAAGGUCCUCAAAGAGUCUACAUAGUGAAAUCAGUCCUUCAGGUCUUGAUGAAAUAGUAUUUAGUUUACAAAAUAACCUUGUGUACAGAUUUCGCCACAAAAAGAAUGCCUCUUUUGUAUCAUUUGUCAAGUAGCAUAUUGGGGCAGCUAGAGUGGAUAAACCCUCAAAUGGAAUCACUCCACUUGGAGGAUAAACUUCACAACUAUCCACAAGUGUAAUCUCAUCCACUCCAUUAACAAAUUUUGGAGGGUGUUCCAUAUUUUCUGCUACUUGUGGAUCUCUUGAAAAUACAAUCAUCAUUUCAUCAAUAACAUCCUCAAAAACGAAAAAAUUCUCAUCAUCCACAGUUUUUUU